UCAAUUAAAGGCAAGGUCACUUCUUACCUGCUACGCCAUGCCACGGCCUAUCAAAUUUAAUAAAACAAAAACAUGAAUUGAAGCAACAGCAUUUGUGAACCCAAAGCUUAGGGGAUUCCACUGUUUAAAAAGCCAUGAAGGAGAUAACUGAAGAGACAAAGUGAGACUUAGAGUGAAAGAUUAGAAGAAAAAGAUGGCCACCAAAAGCAAAGUGCUCAUAGUUGGAGGAACCGGGUACUUGGGAAAGAGGCUAGUUAAGGCAAGUUUAGUUCAAGGUCAUGAAACUUACGUGCUGCACAGGGCGGAGAUAGGUGUUGAUAUUGAGAAGGUGCAAAUGCUCUUAUCGUUUAAGCAGCAAGGAGCUCAUCUUGUGCCCGGUUCAUUUAGCGACCAGCAAAGCCUUGUUGAUGCGGUGAAAUUAGUAGAUGUCGUUAUUUGUGCAAUAUCAGGUGUUCAUAUCCGUAGCCACCAAAUACUGCUUCAACUCAAGCUUGUUGAUGCCAUCAAGGAGGCGGGGAAUGUUAAGAGAUUCCUGCCAUCUGAAUUUGGCACUGAUCCUGCUAGAAUGGAGAAUGCUAUGGAACCUGGAAGGGUGACAUUCGAUGACAAAAUGGUGGUAAGGAGAGCAAUUGAAGAAGCGGGCAUUCCUUUCACAUAUGUUUCUGCAAAUUGCUUUGCUGGUUACUUCCUUGGUGGUCUUUGCCAACCUGGUUUUAUCCUUCCUUCAAGGGAUCAUGUCCACUUGCUGGGAGACGGUAAUCAAAAGGCAAUUUAUGUUGAUGAAGAUGAUAUAGCAACAUAUACCAUCAAAAGCAUAGAUGACCCACGGACUCUAAACAAAACGGUGUACAUAAGGCCACCCAAAAACAUCUUAUCUCAAAGAGAAGUAGUCCAGAUAUGGGAGACAUUGAUCGAGAAAGAACUGCUUAAGUCUUCAAUUUCCAAAGAAGAGUUUCUGUCCACUAUGAGAGAACAAAAUUAUGCAGGGCAAGUUGGAUUAACACAUUACUAUCACGUGUGUUACGAGGGAUGCCUUGCAAACUUUGAAAUAGGUGAAGGAGGAGAGGAAGCUUCUGAGCUUUAUCCAGAAGUGAAGUACACAACUGUUGAGGACUACAUGAAGCGUUACUUAUAAUUACUAAAUAAAUAUGAUUGCCAUAUUAUUAAUUAAUGUCUUCCAUAUCAUUUCCAUAGUGGUAGCUCUCCUUCAGAAGGAUGGCAAUAAAGUGCAAUUUGCAAUAGAUAGAAAAGUGAUCCCUAUCAUGUUUUUCUUUUGUUGUUUUUCAUUCCAGUAUGAUGAUACUUGCUUGGGUUUAUUUGAAAAUAAUGAUGAGCUGUUAUUUUC